GAGUUCGCCCGGGGAGCUCAGACCGACUCUCGCCUGGGAGCUGCCAAGCCGUGCGCGUCGAGCGUCUUCUGCACCGGUCGGGGCCGCAGCCAUGGCGAAGGGGCUUCUCUUGUGCGCGACGUUCCUGAUGUGCGUCAGCGUCCUGCUGGCCGUGCAAAAGCCUCCCACAGUGCAGGUGUAUUCACGCUACCCUGUAGAAAUCGGCAAGAGCAACAUCUUGAAUUGCUACGUGGAAGGCUUCCACCCUCCAAAAAUCAACAUCACUCUUCUGAAGAAUGAGGAUCCACUGAGCACAAAGCAGACCGAUCUUUCAUUUAAGGAAGACUGGACCUUCCAGCUCCUGACCUACGCAGAAGUGUUUCCUAAUGGAAAAGAUCGUUAUUCCUGCAAAGUAGAGCAUGCUACCCUGGAAAACCCAAAAAUUGUCCAGUGGGAUCAGGAAUAUUAAGAGAACUCUCAUGAGCAAAUAAGGUCUGGCAUUCCCUGCCUUUAUAAACGCCUUCUUGCAGUUUUUCUACUUAUAACCGAUUGCAGAGCUCUUUGGGUGGUUUUCUGUACCAGACUUCGCUGAAACAUCAUGUGCAUUUUCCUAUAUCGGAUUGUUAACUUUUUCUACUGUUAUAAACAGAAAAAAAUGGAAAUCUCAGUAUCAGCCGUUCUGAUUCAGGGCUAUAGCAAUGCUUAAAAUGAAAAGAUUGUAUUUGCCUUAAAAUGCUUUUAUGGAGCUGAGCAUGAAUUGUGUAGCAAAGAAAGCCUGUUAGAGAUAAAUUGUGAAGCAUUUGUAUUUUACUACUCUUCAUAAGAUGACCCUAAGUCUCUCUAUCAUUUGACCUGUCUGAAAUGUAACUGCAUAAUUUUUCACCCUUUAAUAAAGUGGCACUGAUCAUUAUUUGCUCUAUAA